AGGCAAUCGUUGAUCCGCAGUUCCGUUACAAUGGAGUCCGUCUUUGCACUUAUUUCAUGGAUCACUUGAUAGAGUUGUCUGAAGACAAGACUUUCAAACUCCUCCUCUUUAAACGGUGUCAGAGAGAACACACGAGACGGGAGACGUUGAUUAACAACUCGGAUGAGACUCAAAACUAUAUGAGAGGUGUAACCAUGUUUAUCGGCGAUCUGUAUGCCCGCUCUUCCGCCCCAGAAUUGGCGGAAUAUUUGCCGCAACUGUUGCUAACACUGCUGUCAAAAGUACACAAAGAGAACCUGAAGUGCGUCUGUCAGGUGCUUAAGUUGUGCGGUUCGCUUCUGGAGUCUCAUUACAACAAAACGAAAGGCGAUGACAUGAACCGAGUGAUGGAAGAACUGAAAUACUGUCUCAACAGCGAUGACAUCAGCGUUUACGUCAAAGAGUUGGUCCACAAUAUAUUAGACAUGCAGAAGAGGGGAUGGACUGCGAACAUGCCGUCCGUCACCAACACUCCUCUCGUCAAUCCAUAUCUGAACACAAAUUUGGCCGAAAAAAGUGCCGCCAAUUCGACUGAUUAUUAUGAAGAGUACAACUAUUCUGAUGAGGAAGACUUCCAGGCCAGGUAUCACUCCAUUACCACCAACUCUCUCAUUACUCNUUUAUUGUAA